CCUACUAUCAUGAAACAUGACACUCCGACUGACACUAGAUCUAACACUUGACUAGAAUCUAGAAUAGAUCGAUCUAUAUCGAUCCACUUCUAAAAUCUAAAACAACUUGAUCUAAUCUACUCUUAGAUCUAGAUUCUUAUUAGAUCUAUGUCUUAUAGAUUAGAUCAUCAUUAGAAGAUGAUAGAGAUCGAUAUCAUAAUCAUUUAUUAGAAUUUAGAUUUUAGAUCGACAUCUUAUCUAGUCUAGAAUCUAGACUGUCUUACUAGUCUAGAGACAGUCAAUAGUCUUCAAUAGAGUGAAUAGUCAUAGACUCAAUAUAGAGUUAUACUAGUUAUAGUCAUAGAGUCUAAGUCUAGGUCUAAACUACUGACUAGUCCAGAGUGUCUAGUACUCUAGACUAGUAGACAGUCUAGUCGACUCUACUACUCUAGUCAGUCUAGACUUCAGUCUAGACUACACUACUCUUGUCUCUUAUAAUAUUCACUACUAACUCUAAGUCUUGCCUUAACUUGGCUUAACUGAAUAACUCUACUCUAGUCCUAGUCUCUACUGAGGCACUGAGCUACUGCGGCUUACUGUCCCUUCUAUGAAAUAGUAUGAAUGAUACUUUAUCAAUCAUUCAAUGAUUAUGAUACUAUUGAAGUAUUGUCUAACACAUGUGACACUGUGACUAUCAGUAUCAGUAUAGCCCUACUACUAGUACUACUGAGAUUACUACUAGUCAGUGAGUACUAGAUCUAGAUCUAGACACUGACUCACUGACACUGGGUCACUGGUCAGUCUAAGUCUCGACUGGUCUCAAGUCACUCAUGUAGUCUGCUAGAUCUCUAGACUCUACACUAUAUCUAGAUUUAGAUUGACUAGCUAGAUUCUACUACACUUACACUGACUACACUACUACAGUCUACAGACACUUACAGUACUUACACUACAGUUGACUACCCUGACUAUUUCUAGUCGAAUCUAGAUCUAGAACUUCUAAUUUCUAGUGUCAGUCUAGUCGAGAGCGCCCUUAAAAUUGUUGGUAAAUGGAUAUUCAAGACUUGUUUCAUUCUUGCAAAUUAGGAGAUUUGCAGCGCCUGCAAUAUUUAGUGGAAAUAAAAGAAGUAGAAAUAGAUGUGAGAGACAAAUGGGACAGUACACCAUUGUAUUAUGCCUGUUUGUGUGGGCAUAGAGAUAUUGUAGAGUAUCUUUUGGAAAAAGGUGCCAAAUGUGAAGCAAACACAUUUGAUGGUGAAAGAUGUCUGUAUGGAGCUCUCACAGAUGAAAUAAGAAACCUAUUAAAGAAUUAUAAUGUUAUAUCAUCAAGAACUAUCAGAAGAGAUUUGUACGAAGAAUUUUUGCGAAGGUUGCUUGACAGUAGCCUCUACAGUGACGCUGUGUUUAGUGUUCAUGGAGAAGAGUUCCAUACCCACAGGUGUCUACUGAGUGCUCGCUGCUUGUUUUUUGCUCAGAUGUUUAAAACAAAAUGGCAUGACAAAGCUGUGGUUGAACUCAACCAUUCACAGAUGUCUCCUGGAGUCUUCAAGUCAAUACUUCAGUAUUUAUACACAGGACACAUGGAGGUAGCAAUGGACCUUGUCAGUGACUGUCUCAAGCUUGCCAAACAAUGUCAAUUGACAGGACUCAUCAGUGAACUUGAAGAUAGAAUGAAAAAGGCUCAAUCUUGGGAAAGUUCAAAACUUGGCGUUAAGGUCACAACACUAGUACUAGAGCCAGUGAAAGGAAGUGAUGAUGUACAGAGAGACCUGGCACAGUUGGCGCACUGGGCAUUGCCAGAAGAACUUACUUCAUGGAUUGUGGGGGAGUUGCCCUUUGAGCCUGAAACCAUGCCUCUUACUUAUCCAGAUGUUUGUUUCAUAGUGGAUGAUCACAGAUUUAUGUGUCACAAGGCAUUCUUUUGUGGCAGAAGUGAUUAUUUCAAAGCAUUGUUAGAAAAUCACUUUGGGGAAAAUGAAAAUAGUGGAAAUAUUCCUGUUGUUUAUCUUCAUGAGGUUUCUAUCGAUGUAUUUCUCAGAAUUCUGACUUAUAUUUAUUCAGACUCUGCUGAUCUGAACCCUGAGAUAGUCAGUGACGUUCUUGUGGCAGCUGAUAUGUAUCUUCUUCCUGGACUUAAACGUCUAUGUGGCACCUCUCUCAUGGAGUAUGUUGAUAGCAGCAAUGUAGCCAACAUGAUUAGAACUUCACGACUCUUUAACUUGAGUCGACUUGAAUCCCAUUGUGCUGAAUUCAUUGCUAAUAAUUUACCUGAGGUAAUACAUCAAGAAGAAUUUCGCCAACUGGUAGUUGAAGAUGCUAGCAAUGUGAAAGAGAGGGAAGAGACAGACACCAUAGAUAUUGUGGAUGAAAUACGCUAUUACAUAUCCAGUUUUGUCUUGACCUACAGUGAAAUGGAGGAAGCCAAUGAAAAGUUAAAGCUGAUUGAUAACCUUCUAGAAGAGUUGGACAUAGAGGGUUAAGUUAUUGGGUGCUUGGAGGGUUACACUGGUGAGACUGACCAUGAGAUUUUAUUACCAAUAUAUUUAAGAGCAAAAAUAUACAUCUUAUAACUGUUUGAGAAAGAAAUAUAUUAUUAUAAAUGUAUUAUUUUAUACAAAAAUCAACUUAUCAUUGUAAUUUCUUUUCUUUUUUACUUGAUAUAUAUUUCUAACCAAAAAUGUUAGAUUUUUUGUGUUCAUUCUACUACUCAGUAAAGAGUAUGUGUCUGAAUUGCAGUCUUGAUAAAGUUGUUUCCAUUGAAUUACUAACUUUGUCCAUCUUUAUAUUUUUGUCUAACUACAAAUUACAACAGGCAUUAAGGUUGUGAGUAGAUUGUUUAGGAGCAUGUAUGUCUAGAUCUAGAGGUUAAGUAUCAGUAUCUUCUAUCCAAUGGACAAAGCUGUAAACUGUGAUAUUUGUGCACUUGCCUGUUAAUAUUUUAUUUUCAAGCCAGUUCAGUUGAAAAAUGAAGAGCUUGUAUGUUGAUUUCACUCAGAACUUUGUAGGUCCUACUUCAAUACUGUCCUCAUGGGAAAGUGAAUGAAAUCAUCUUUUCUUCUGACAACAUUUGAUUUUGUUAAGAAAUCCCUUUCUUAAUCCUUCAAAUCUAUUUGGAUCUUAUCUUGUCUAAGAUUGAAUAGAUAUGCUCUUUGUACAUCCAACAUCUUGAAGUGUACUUUUUAGUUUCACUUGGUUAGGGUUAGGAAGGUAUCCAGAAAGUAAUGUUAUCUAAAUCCAGUUUUAUCCUUAGUUUUGAUGCAGCUGGCCACACCAUUAUACAGCUAUAGUACCAAAUCUAGUACCACAGUCUUUCAAACACUUUCUUAAGCCUCAUUGAAGAAGGCAAAUCUGAAAACUUAAACCUGAAGCUUGACCAGUCUGUAUCAAAUCUAAAGUCCUGAAACGAUAUGUGCUUGCAUAGACUCUAGCUUACUUCGAGAAACAGCUUUUUUUCUUUUUUUGAACUUUUUAAUCUACAUAUAAUACAUUUGAAGUUGUCAUGUAGAGUUGUGCAUCGCACUUGGAACCCUAAAGCCAGCAAAAGGGAAAAAGAACGGUGUUCACCUCGUAUAUACCAUUCUGUCUGGCGGGGGGUCAGACUCAUGGUUACCAAGUUUAAUUUGACGUUCACUACCAAGUUUAAUUUGACGUUCACUACCAGUGACACAGAUGCUCUGGGCUUGCGAACUAGAGACCCCACCAUAUUCCUUUAUUCUACCAGGCUGACUAUGUGGGGCGCACCAUUUAUGCAAUGGCCCCUUGAGGUUGCGCGAACUCUUUUACAACCCUGCACAGUGCAAUGGGGAUGCUCUUGCACCCCCUUAGGCACCCCCACGGGAGUUUAGUUUUGCUACCCUUUGGCCUAAUUGUCCCAUCUCACAAUCGUUUUCACCCAGUCGCCAUGGUGAGGCAGGGUAGCUUUCCCAGGGCAUAUAAUACAUAGGAAGUGUACUAGUAUAUGAGAGCAUUCAUCAGAGUAGUAACUGAUCUAUCAGUAUUAGACUGUAUUCCAUUGGUACUAUUUUGGAUUCCAAUAAGCUUUAAAGAUUGAGCAUAAGAUGGCAACUGUUUGUAGUCAAUGCAUUAACAAUGGUGAUAACUUGCACCUGUAAUUAAGAAAUGAAUCUCAUCAUAGACUUUGCGAAAAUCUCUAGGCUCCUUAAAGUCAUUGUGUGUAGUUCACAAGGUUUCUAUAAAUAAAAAAAUGUAGCUGUAGGGUCUUUUCAGUACAUGGCCCAAAAUGUAUGCAAAAAGCUCCUUGUCCAUCUUAGGCUACAUACUUGAAUAUUUUCCCAGUUUUUUUUUAAUGUAUUUUCAUUUGUUGUCAAAGUUUUAACAAUUUUCUAUGCAUGUACAUAUAGUCUUGUUUGUUUUUAAAAGAGCCUUGAGCUUAAUUUUUUUUAUAGUGCUAUAUAAAUUUGAUGAUUUUGUGAUUUUAAAAAAAAGCUCUGCUGACCUAAACCAAGAAAAUUUUUGUUUUACUUUUGCUUCUGUUGUUAUAAUGAUGGUGUAGAAAACUAUAUUUGAUAAGCUGUUUCAUAUGGAAAACCUUUCUACCUCUCAUGCUGCUGUCUUUGAAACAGAUUAUUUUCACCUGGAUCAUCCUCACUCAACUGCUUGUACUACCCAAAACAACUCUGUUUAAAUGAAUGAAGACUUUAUCAAGUUUACUAGAGCCUUAAAAGCCCAGGAUGGCUGCCUGGUGGUGCUGUAUUCAUGCUGGAAUGCUGUUCGGUCGUGAUGAUGAUCCUGGGUUCACACUUGGCCCGCUGCCAUCCCCUGUCAUCCUGCUGGAGGUAAUUAUCUUCAACUCUGAAGGAACAUCUGAAACAUUUUAAUAAUUUACUACAGACAAUGGCUUGAUGGUUUAAUUUUGGACUGACAAUGGCUUGAAAGUUUAAUUUUGGACUCUGUACUACCAUAAAUAUGUAUAAAAUUACCAUAAUUUUACACACCACAGCAUUCUUGAGGACACCUUAUGAUUUAAUACUAUACAGGUCAUCUUAACUUUGGGCAUCAUACCACAGUUGCAAAGCAUAACAGUAGCAUAACAUUUCAUGCAUACAUCUAAUAGAAGGCAGGAGAGCUGCUGAAAGCAUCACAGUAGCAUAACAUUUCAUACACACAUCUAAUAGAAGGCAGGAGAGCUGCUGGUUGCCCACUUUUAUGGUAUACAGAUGUAUGCAAACGACAUGAAACUCUUCAAAAUUGACACUAGCAGCUAGGAAAAAGUAGCACUGGGUAGAUCCACAUGGAGAGAGAGCAUAAAGGAAGGGUCUUGGAUUGCAGAUGCCAUACACAACAGAAGCAGAAAGAAGUGUGAAAAUGCAACAGCGCCUGGUGAUUACAUCUGCCCAACCUUGGCCUCCUUAGUCACACAGGGAGUUGCAAAGGGAAAAAAUUGUCUCUCGAGACAUAAAAAGCUACAUUUAGCAAAAUGCCACAUCAUCUACAUCAGUUACCUACCCUCCCUGCUUACAAAAUACUGAUUUAGACCCACAAAAAAAUUUUAGGCCAUAAUCAGGAUAAAUAUAGAAAAUCUUAGCUUUUAAAUUGUUUUUCUGAAGUAUAUAUCUGAGCCACUUUCAGCAUGUUUAUAUUGAGUUCUAAAUAAGCCUAUAUGUAUAUUUAGUCAUAUAGGCCUAUGCAAUUUGAACACUUGUUAGACUAAUUAGAAAGUGGCAUACCAUAUUUUAUGCAGCAAUAUUGAGCUUGUAUAAAUUGCACCUGUAAUUUGUUACAUCAGCAAAAGUACACAACAGUAAAACAGUAGGAAAAGAUACUUUUUUAACAUUAGGAUCUCUAUUCACUAUGAAAUGUAUUCAAUUGUUGGAAUUGCAGAAUUUUAUUUUGAUAUAACUCAAAUUGUACUUCAGCAUAAAUAGAUGAUGAAUGUAAAUUUUAUUUUGUUCUCUCUGGCUGGUCAAGCUCUAGUCUUGUCGAAAUAUUUACUGUUUCCUUGUGCUGAGGUUGCCUUAGACUAGCUAGUAAUAGCACUAAUGUCUAGCUGCAUUAGUAUAAAAGUAGCUUCUAAUUUGCAUAAUCCAACUUGUGCUAAUCUAUGGAAUCAAAUGUGUAUUAUCAUCAUUGUAUCCUUUUUUUUUUCUAUGAUUUUUAGUCUGCUAAAAAAAUAUCGGCAAUAUUUUUAUUUUAAUCACAACCAUGCUUUUAAGACAAUGGGGCAUUGGUAUGUGUGUAUGUUAAAUCAGGCUUUUUUCAUUUUAAUUUCAGUUCCUUUUUUUUUCUUUUAUUGAUCUAAUAUCCAGAACUUAUUUUUCUCUUCUAAAACAUUUGUGCGUAAAUUUUAUUAAAUUUAUUUUAGUUCACGCCUAGAAGAACUAAUUUUUUAAAAUUUCUUUUGUUACAGAGAUUGAUUUUAAUGAUAUUUAAUGAUUGUAUUGUAUUGUUAAAAACUAAUCAACAACUGAGUUGAACAUAUCUGUUUUGUUAUUGCCUAAGAUUAUUCUGGAGAAAUAAACCUUUGCUGUAGAAUUAUUUGUACAACUUCAGGCACCAUUAAAAUAUCCAAAAUAAGA